AUGAUUCAAAGUUACCAAGGCAAAAUCAAAGUUACCAUAUUACAAGGUUAUGUGUGGUAUCGGUUGCUUACUAAAGAUAUGCCAUUGGAUAAAAUGGAUCAACUCUUGCAGAUGUUACAAAGUGCAGAUCCAUCUGAUGACCAAACAGACCUCCCAGAACUGCUUCAUCUUGAAGCAAUGUGCCACCAGAUGGGACCUCUCAUAGAUGAAAAGUUGGAAGAUAUAGACAGGAAACAUUCUGAACUUUCAGAGCUCAAUGUUAAAGCAAUGGAGGCUCUUUCUUUGUAUAACAAAUUGAUGAAUGAAGACCCAAUGUAUUCCGUGUAUGCAAAACUACAAAACCAACAGUAUUAUAUGCAGUCCUCUGGUGUUUCUGGCACUCAGGUUUAUCCAGGGCAGCCUCAAAGUAAUACGUAUUUGGUGGCAGGGAGUGCACAGAUGGGCCAUAUUCAAGGCUAUAAUCUUCCUCCUGAACAACUCUCUUCUCUCAGCCAAGGCACAGUUACUCCAUCUGCCAGCUCAGUACUGCCUGGUCAGCCUGCACAGACAUCUUACACAAAUGCAAUGGUUGGCUCUGUUGCUGGAAAUACUUACUCUAACCAGGCUUCAGUGUAUAGUCCACCACCUGCUCCUGUUGAUGUUGCUGCUUAUCAGAAUGCUGGAACUAAUAUGUCCCAGGUGCCAAACUAUAACUUAGCAUCUACACCUCUGCCACAGACAGCAGGCAGUCAACAAGCACCUCCACAACAACCACAGCCUCCUCCUCCUCAACAACCGCAGCAUAGCUACUCACAGAAGGCUUUGCUAUAGGAUCCAGGACUUCCAAUUCCUAAUCUUCUUUAACCUCUGCUAAAGGCAGUUGGCAGUUCUAUGAGUUUCUUCCUUUAUUCUCUUAAACUUUAUUUAUCCUCAGCUUAAUAAGAAUAUCUUGGUGAACAAGUUCAAUUUGCACUGACUUUUUAGGAUUUUUUUUUUUUUCAUUUUGCAGAGGAACGGAUAUAUUUAGGACAUUUAAUUCCUUUUAAAAUGCCUAAAAAUUGGUACAAGAUUAUUUAUGUCAGGUAAAAUUGGCUAGUCUGUGAAAACUCAACACCUGAAAACUGUUGUGGCAUAUAUGUUAUGUACAUAUAGUGUGUGAUUGCAAUAGUGGCCAUUUCGUAUAGCUCUGAUGACCAUGUGAAUAUAUUUAACACAAUGUUUAAAAAUAAUUUACUUUACUAUUUUAUUUUAAUCAUGAACUUACAACCAUGUUUCAUAGUUUUGUCUAGUUUUAUGACAGAUGUGAUGUCUUUUUCCAAUGCAGGAAAAGCAGUAAUUCUGCAUAUCAUGGUUACACUUACAAGCUAAGAUCUAUAUAUGAAUUUACAAACUUAUCUGAGUCUGAAGUUCAUUACUUCUCGAAUUGAACACAAGUGUAUCAUGACUAUUAGAUGGCUUAUCUACCAAAG